GCUAAAUGGUGGAUGAACCAUGGGACAAGUGCUCCAAAACUAAGGAACUUGGCUGCAAGGAUUCUUGGUUUGACAUGUAGUUCCUCUGCUUGUGAGAGGAACUGGAGUGUAUUUGAUCAAGUUCACACAAAGAGACGCAGCAGGAUACUGCAUGACAAGAUGAGUGACCUUGUUUUCAUCAAGUUCAACUCCAAACUAAAGGACAAGAAACUAAACAAACGCAAGGACCCCAUUGAGAAGCAGGUGGUAGAUGUUUUAGAAGAUGAUGAGAAUGAAUGGAUCACUAGUGUAGUGCCAAAUGGUGAUGAAGAACAAGGUGAAGAUCAAGAUUAAGAAAUUCCAUAUGCAAGCUCGCAUGCUGGACCAGGAACUUCUACUAUUAAUCCACUUAAAAGGAAGAGGGGUGUCUAUGGUAAGAAGAAGAAGAUGAUCCCUGUUACUCCUCAAGAAGAUCUGCUCUC